AUGUAUACUUUACGAGUUGACUUUAACUCUUCAACUGGAUCCCUGGAGCUGAAGAAGCUCACUGUGAAAGAUACUGGGAAGUAUACAGUCAGUAUACAGCCAACAGGAACAUCAGAUCAACCACAAAAAUCUGUAGACCUCACAGUGUACGAGAAAAUAUCUGAUGCCACCAUCUCUGGUCUUACAGAUGAACUGAUAGCAGGUAACAGCUCCUUAAAUCUGAGCUGUCAGGCAUCUGCUGGUUCCAUCAGUAACAGGCUGUGGCUGAAGGAUGGUCAGUCGCUGUCUCCUAGCAACAGAGUCACGUUCACUGCAGACAACAGCUCUAUGAACAUUAAGAAGGUGGAAAAGGACGAUGCAGGACAGUACAAGUGCAGCCUAAGCAACCCGAUCAGCACUGCUACUGCAGAGCGCGAUGUGGUUGUAAACUAUGGUCCAGAGAGCGUGACAGUCCAGGGAGAAAAGACUGUAAAGAUCAACACCAAGGUGGUGUUACAGUGCUCUGCUUCAUCAGUACCUCCUGCAGGUUUCAUGUGGACUUUCAAUGAGACAUUAACAAAUGUGAAGACGGAUACAUUCAUUAUAGAGAAGGCUAAUUAUAAUGAUAGUGGGAAUUACACCUGUGUGGCCAGCAAUGCGGUUACUGGACUGAAAUCCACAUCUGUCCAUACAUUGGUGGUCAAAGGUGAUAUUAACCAGAGUAACGGUGGUCUCUCCGGAGGAGCCAUCGCAGCCAUUGUUAUUGUACUCCUGUUGGUAUUUGCUGCAGUUGGAGCUGGAAUCUUUACAAUGAAGAAAAAGAAGACGGAGAUGACAGGCAGCCCCUCCGGUCAAGGGAGUCACACCUAUGACCACCACGAUCAGCUUAGCUCAGGCCUGUGUGUCUUUGUUGCUGGCUUCAGGGCAUGA